UUUCUGUUGAGAUACCCCCGUAGCUUUAUUUACCUGUUUUCAUACGCAGCUGAAGCUUUUGAAAAGCAUAUAAAAUUAACAUAUGUCCAUGUUUUCAUACGAGUGAAGAGGGUUUCACUUUCAGAAUGGACGGAAAAGUUAUCGGACCGGGUCCGUACAGGGCAACCAAACUGUGGAAUGAAACCAUUAAACUUUUCCGUGGAGGCAUGCCACUCAGAAGGCACUGGGCACACUUCCGCUACUAUGAUAACAGUUUCACAGGAUGCGAGGCUGUGGAUUAUCUGCAUGAGCUGCUGAAGCGCAACUACAACUUUGGGCCCGAGGUCACUCGAUACCAGACUAUGCAGCUUCUCAGAAAGUUCCUCAAGGCCCAUGUCAUUGAGGACAUCAAAGGACGCCAUGGGACAGAGGACUUUGAAGACAACAACCAUCUGUACAGAUUCCCCACCUCGUCUCCCCUGAAGUCUCUUCCAAUAAGGCCUCUGUUGAGAGACAGCAGUGACCUUCCCAGACUCAUUCGCUGGGACGACUACGAAGAAUUGCCUCAGCGGGAAAACAUUCCACCCCUGAAGUCUGCUGUCAUGACCUCGGAUUUGUGGAAUAAAAGGCACAGUGUCGCUAUCGGAGAUGUGCAUGAGUGUAAGCUCAUACGGAGGAAGGAGAUAACACCAAAGCAAGUGGACCACAUCUGGAAAUCUAUGACAGUUGUGCAUUUACAGAGAGCUCUGGGCUUACAGUCAUUGGAUGGAAUUUUAAACCCAACGCAUGUGAACGGCAAGCACAUUGUUCACAAUGUGUUCAGCGUCAAUAAGACGGGCAUAGUCGUAUUGGAGAACAAAGCCGAGGACAUGCCAUAUUGGGUGGUAUCAGCAAUGAAAUGUCUUGCCAAUUGGCCUAAUGGGAAUGAAAGCAAACAGCCAGUGUACCCGGGUUUCGAGAGGGAUGUUCUGAAAACAGUAGCAGAUUACUUUCAGAGACUCAAAGAACCCCUGCUGACUUUCCAUCUUUAUGAAGUCUUUGUCAACAUUCUCAGUCUGCUCCAGGAACAGGAGGUAGCCACUGAGGCUCUUCAGGUCAGCUGUCUCUUACUGCCGCCGCCCAACCGAAGACGCCUCCAGCUUUUAUUGCGUCUCAUGGCCCGUGUUUGUCAGAAUCCCCACCUGCCUCCACUCAAUGACGCCAUUGCCACCCGCACACUGAUGGUGCAGAUGUUCUCACACUGCGUUCUAGGAUCAGUGGAUGAGAUGGACCUGGAUGAGCUGUUUGCCACCAAACUGGUGACCUUCAUGAUGGAGCACCACAACACCAUCUUCCAAGUUCCUUUUAAGCUGCGCCGCCAGGUUGAGGAGCACCUGUCCCACCUCAAAAGAGUCCAAAUCAAAUACGCAGGUUCAGACACAGACUUCAGCGCAUCUCCAGCUUUUUGUAAACAGAUCAGGAGGGUGGAGGCUGAGGAGCCGAGGGUGAUAGGAACCCAGACCCCCCUACAGGCGCUGCUGGAAGGCCUGAUCGCAGACAAAGAACUCCCUGCAAAGGACAAGAGGAAAAGGCUGAAACAGUUUCAGAGGUCGUACCCAGAGGUCUACCACAAUCGAUUCCCCACUGAGGAAAGCAAAGCUGCUGUAGUACCUGAGAAAACCCCACGACUCAAACCUCAUCUCAUGUUUUUCAACCUAAAGAAACCCUUCCAGCCGUUUCAGAGGAGCUGGAGUUUUAGGGCGUGACCUGCCACCUCUGACACAUCUACACUUCAGGCUGUGCACACAACUCAACCUCAGCAUCAUGAGGUGAGGAGCAGUGUGGCUCUGGCUUCAGUUUUGGUCUCACACGGGUAAACCACAAUUAAAUGUUUAAAAAUAAUUAAUUGGAUGUUGUAGCACUGUUAAACUAAGAUAAUAAUUUAAAGGGUCAGUUCACAUAAAUACACACAUAAGGACACCCCAACUGACUCCUGUCUAACCAGAUAGCUUGGUGUAGUUGCAGAACAUUGGCAACUAUUUUUCAAACUGCAAACAAAUGUGGGCAGCUGAACUGACCCUUUUAACAAAUACAAUUUACUGUAUUGCUAGAAAACUUGAACAAAUUAAAGGAAACAAUGAUGCACUAACACUAAAAUACUGAUGUUUCUUAAAAUGAACUCUUAGAGUUGUUUAAAAAUGUGUGUUGGUACAUUAUUCUGCUAAGAUACUGUAUCUUAGAUGUAAAUGUGCAGUGAUGGCAGCUGAUCAAUAUAGCCAGUCCUGUAACUGAAUUGAAUGAAUUUCAAAAGUAUUAAUAGGGUAUUAGAUGUUAACAUUAUAGGUUGUAAACAGUUAAUGAUCAAAGCGCAUCAUACUCAUAAAACAUUUCUAUGGAUAUAUACUGUAAUUUUGUACUGUAACAAAUAUUCAGAUGCAUUUCUUGGUAUUUUUUGGCUUGCAAACAGAUGAUGUUAUUAUAAUGAUCUUGACUAUUGCAAUGCAAAGAUGCAUUUCAUUUUAAUGGGUACUUCAUUAUUUGGUCAUUAUGAUGUUGUAACUAGGCAACCCAGAGCCUGUGUUUUAAUCUUUGUUAGUUAAAUGGUUACUUGGAGUCAAUGAACAUAUCAAGGGUUUCUAAGAAAGGGAGUGGAUGUAGUUGCUGCAGGGCUGAAAAGCUUUGGCUGAUGAUUGCAUUUGUUACUACAAAAAAACAAUCCUGCUGUCUGUGCACUCUUAAAACAACUCAUUUCAUGUUUUAACUUGAUGGUUUUAUUCUGUAUAUAAGAACUCUUUGUGAUUGGUACAUAUUUCAAUGUCUCAAAUACUCUUCUUUCACUGUUUCAAUGUUUUGUCAUUUUCUAUCACCUGCUGUUCUGUCAUGUCAAUCAGGUUGUUUGUCACUUAAUUUGAGACUUAAAAUUUUAUUUUUUUUUGGGGUUAAGUGCUGAUAUUCCUAUUUGGAUUUUCAUAAAUGCUCUUGAACAAAUGUAAUAAUGCUGGAAUAACUGUUACACUUGAAUUGCUGCUGGAAAAAAUUCAACAGGAUCAAAGUGAAUUCAUGUUGAUGCUGAUUUUUCUAUAAACUUUCUAACUGGCAAA